ACAACAUGAUACGACAUCGCUACACACUCAUCUCUAUAUAUACACCAAAUAAAACAGCCUUUAACACCUAGACUCUCUCACAAUUGCAAAGAAAAACAAUGAAUCUCUCUCAUCUCUUGCUCUUCUCCUUCUUACUUCUCCUUGUCUUCCAAGUAAGGUCAACGGAUGAUAUGAUCGAAGAAACCUGCAAAACAUGUGCAUCCAAAUCUACGAUCUUCGAUUACAACUUCUGCAUAUCCUCUCUUAACAACUCUCCAAUAUCUCCUCCUCCUCUUCUUCCGACCGAUCUUUCUUUUCUUGCCCUAACUCCAAUGCUCCAAGCUCUAGACAACGCGACAGCAACAGCUUCCACUAUUCAACAACUAAUGAGUGAGGGAGGAGGAUUCGAAGACGACGUUUACGGCCGUGCUUGCCUUCGUGACUGCCUCGAGCUUUACGAAGAUGCGGCGGAGAGACUGGAAGAAGCCGUGAUGGUUUUUGUUGCUAGGGGAGAGAUAGAGACUGUAAAGGUAAUGGUCAGCGCCGCCAUGGAAGCUGCCACGACAUGUGAGACUGGUUUUAUGGAGAGAGACGGCGGUGACGGUGGGGGUGGUGCGAUGACGUGGACGUCUCCGAUUGGCGGUAGGAAUUAUAAGUUGUUUGAGUUGGGUGAGAUUGCUCUUUGUAUCAUCAACAUGAUCUCUCCUGUGUCAUCUAUGUCUUUGUGAUUAGUUUCAUUUUUCAGUUUUUUUUUUCUUCAAGUAAAUGAUAUGUACUAAUAGUAUGUUUGUAAAUGUAUAGUUACGAUUAAAGACUUUA